AUGACGAGCUCAAAUGGGGCCAUGACAGCGGUCGUGACGCCGCUCAGGCGAGCACCCGGUGGCUCCUUCGCGCUGCCCAAGAGCACCUCGUCUGCCAGCAUUGGCCGGCUGCGAACGGCUCUGUCCAGCACGACUUCUCGCGUCGAGCCGAGCCAGGCGACACUUCAAUCGCUCGACACCUUUGCACCGGCCAAAGUCACCCUGCCCGCUGGUCCACUCAAUGCGCAAUAUGGCUUCUUUGCAAAGACUGUCAUGGCAUCCCGUCUCCGCCAUAUCUACGCGCUCGCUUGGACUGGCACAACUUGUAUGCUCUGGUUUGCCUCGCUCUCUUUGACCAGUCCGACGAUCGCAAUGUCUCCCACUGUACUCUUCUGCGUCUGGCUCACUUGCGUGCCCAUCGUCGUCUUGCGCAAGUCUCAGCCGGAAUUCGAGCUCACACCAGCUGCAUGGUCACCACGAGCGUUGCUCUCCUCUGCGAAACGGCUAUCUACCUAUCUUGUCUGCCUGGCAUACGCCGCCUCGUCAGCCGCUUUGACUAUCGCGCUGCUGACUCGACUCAACCGCAGCGAUCAGAGUUUCGCGCUGUUCACGUCCUGGCCAGAACGCUACGAACGCGCACAGCUCAACGAGCGCUGCAUGUACCUCGUCUGUCAGGCUCUCUUCAUUGCGAUCGUCUCGGGCUUCCGUUCUGCGCAUCUACACGAAGGCGCCUUUGAGUUCGAGCGUAGGAUGCAAAAGAUACCUUCGAGGAUCGUCUCGAGACUGCGCGCUCGAGUGCCGCUGGCAUUGCGGCUUGCCAUCUCUCAGACAGUGGUCUACAGCGUCUGCCACCUGACGCUGCGCAAGCCCUUUUUGAAGCUGCUCAUCUUUCGUAUACCCGGUGGACGUCAUUUAAGACCUUGGCUACACGCCUUUAUGCGGCAGAACGCUGUCUGGUCGCCCUCGCUCAUCGUCCGGUCGCUCCUGGCAGCCUGUCUGCUACACCUUGCAUGGGCGCUCGUGCACAGCCUGACCGAUGUCUACUUCUCGCAGACCAUGGCAGUCUCGCAAUUUUCGCCGGUGCCAAGCCGCUGUAUCAUCAGCGGACUCGUGGAAGCCAACCCGCACCUCAAACGUCUUGCUUAUCAUGAGCUCGCACAUCUCGUUGAGAUCUCGCCACCACGCCGGAAACAAUUAUUCGAAGAUGUGGCGAGCCCGCCAGCCUUUGCAACCCUUACCCGGGAGUGUCUCAAGCUACUUGGACAUACGCAUCAGCAGGCCAAGGUAUUGCAACGUGCGUCUCCUGCAGGCUCUGUCGCAGCUGCCACACCAGGAGAAGGCUCGCUCGCCAAACCAAGCAAAGCGCCAAUUGCACUGGCCAAGCUGCCAAUCCAGAACACGAACGUUUUUCAGCCAGUCAAGCCACUCUUCUACGAGCGUUUGAUUGGUUCAGACGCACCCUUGGAAGGUCAGGCAACCCAAGACAAGCUUGUCUCGAAAGCUUCGACCGCAUUCGCGCAAGCCUCUCAGCAUGCUUCAUUGAAAUUGCCGAGCAUGCCUCUCCCCGGCGUCCGCAAUCUACGCAAUGUUGACAUUAGUCUCUGUGCUGUGCACAUCUUGAGCUCGAUGCUCGUCGUUUCGCUUGACGAAGAUCGUUACGGCACAGCUUCGCGAGAGCUCCCGCGUACACUAGAGGCGUUUGUCCUCUUGUGCGAAUCGCUACAAGCAAUGCUGGCCUCUAAGCGCCCGCCCGCUAACGCACGGGCUAUUCAAGAGCUCGCCAAUGCGCUCCACUUGGCAAUCAGCGACGUAUUGUCUGCCUUCAAGCCGUAUCUCUCAGAAUUUCGCUUUCCGACUCACAUCGCGACAAAGCUGCAAGUGGACCUACAUUGA